UAUCUUAUACAACACGAUGCAUCAGGAAGGUCAGUGUAUUGAGAGUUCAUAGAAAUUUACUUCUUGUUCUCUGUAGUACUCCUCCUGACAGUUUCAUUUCUUCUUCUCUCCUCAUUCAUGGAACCUACCACAUGACCCAUCUCUCUGUUCCUCUCUGUUUUUAUAUAAUCUCUUCAGAUGGGAAAAGCAGAGGCCAUGAUUUCUUCUUCCUUACACAGAUUCUCACUGCAACAUUCAUUGGAUUCGCAAUGGUAGCAGCACCAAUUAUGAGGUAUCGACGCCGCAGGAAGAAGCAACAGAUGAGGUGCCAAAAGAUCAUUCCAUGGUUCAGGAAAUCAGAAUCCGGUCAUGUUGAUAAGAUGGAACAUUUCUCCCAUUUUGUAGCUAGACAAAUAGGAUUUGAAAAUCCAGAUGAGUGCCCACAGCUCUGCAAGUUAGCAAACAAUUACCUGAGGAAAACUACAGGGUGUGAAGAGGACAUCUAUGAGUAUUUCUCCAGUAAGAACCCAGAAGAUGAUCAAUCCCUAGUCAAUAGUCUAAUUGAAGAGUUUGAUAGAUGCAUCCUCAGCUACUUUGCUUUCCAUUGGAGCAAAAUUUCUGUUAUGAUCAGUCAGGUAUUGAGGUCUGAAUCAGAACCAAGAAGGAAGAUGAAGAACAUUGUAAUGGCUGCCACUAGGAAGCAGAGAUUUGAUAGGGUGAGCGAAGACCUGAAGAUCACCAGGUUGUUCUCUACACUAGUGACAGAGAUGAAAGCAAUUGGCAUCCCAUCAAAUGAUGAAACCUACCGCAAGGAUGUGAUGGUGCCAGCAGCCCCCGGUGAGAGGAGCCCUGUGCUUCUCUUGAUGGGUGGUGGAAUGGGAGCUGGCAAGAGCACUGUCCUCGAGGAAAUACUAAAAGGAUCCUUCUGGGAAGGGGUGGCAGGAAAUCCGGUGGUAGUCGAGGCAGACGCGUUUAAAGAGACGGAUGUCAUUUUCAGAGACCUCAGCUCUAGAGGCCCUGAUGAAAUGCUCCAAAUAUCAGAACUGGUGCAUCAAUCAUCCAUCGAUGCAGCAUCAUCCCUUCUAGUGACAGCACUCAAUGAAGGGCGUGAUGUGAUCAUGGAUGGUACCCUUUCAUGGGAACCUUUCUUCAAGCAGACGAUUGCAAUGGCCAGGAAUAUUCAUCGUCACCGGUACCGAAUGGGUGUCGGAUACAAACAUGCCGAGGAUGGGACUAAAAUCGAAAACUAUUGGGAACAAGUAGAUGAAGAAGAAAAUCUAGAACAAAUGAAAGCAGCCAAGAAGAGAAAACCAUACAGGGUAGAACUAGUUGGAGUUGUAUGUCAUCCUCAUCUAGCCGUUGUUAGAGGCAUCAGGAGAGCUAUUCUAAAGGGAAGAGCAGUAAGGGUCAAAUCGCAGUUGCUGUCCCACAAGAGAUUUGCAAAUGGAUUUCCCAAAUACUGCAAAUUAGUUGAUCGUGCCAGACUAUAUUGCACCAAUACUAUGGGAGGCCCACCUAAGUUGAUGGGAUGGAAAGAUGGAGAGAACAAUUCGUUGGAUGAUCAGCGAACAGUGGACUUUUUAAAGAAAAUAAGCAUGUUGAAUGAGGAUGCAGAAUCCAUAUAUGAGCUUUACGCUCACCUUGACCAGACAGGCAAUUCUGGCUCGCUCUGGAAAGAAAUCUUGUUGCCAUCUUCAAGAGAUCAUUUUCAAGAUGAACUAAAGAUUGCCAUCCAGAAAGCUGAAAAUCAGGGAUAAAGAUGAACCAGCACGGAAGCAGUGUAGUUUCAUGUCCUCUGAUCCGUGGCCCAAAACUAGACGCCAGCCCAGAAUUAGAUUUGUUUAUGCUGGGUUUGUAACCCAUGGCACAGGCCAUUCUCCUGGUCAUGGAAGUAAAAUCCAUCAUCUGCAAAGCACAGUGUAGAUCAUAUCUAUAUAUAUUUUAAUAAUACACUGAAAAAGACACUUCUGUACUGCAAGAUUACAUGAUACAUUCCUGUAUCACAAGGACUAUAUACUAUGCGAAACCAUAUAUCAAUGGCAAAUUUGGAAAGGAAAAAAAAACUAUAUAAUUCAAGGAUAAUAAACAUUACUGUAUUUUUCCAAA